AUGGAUUCCGACUUCCCCAACAAAGCAUUAACCAGUACACGUUUUUCUGAUCUUGAACCACCACUUUCUGAACCGGUUCUCCAAGCCCUAUCCGGUUCAGGGUUCGAGUUCUGCACACCGGUUCAAGCCGCUACGAUCCCUUUGCUAUGCAGCUUCAAGGACGUUUCCGUUGACGCCGCCACCGGUUCAGGAAAAACCCUAGCUUUUGUUGUUCCGCUGGUUGAGAUUCUACGCCGCUCUUGUUCUCAUCCUAAGCCUCAUCAGGUACUAGGGAUAAUUAUAUCGCCUACAAGGGAGCUAUCUUCCCAAAUAUAUCAUGUUGCACAACCUUUCAUAUCAACCUUAGUGAAUGUUAAGUCCAUACUCCUCGUUGGUGGGGCAGAAGUUAAAGCAGACAUGAAGAAAAUAGAGGAAGAAGGAGCAAACAUAUUAAUUGGCACCCCUGGGCGGCUAUUUGACAUAAUGAAUCGGAUGGAUGUUUUGGAUUUUAAAAACUUUGAGAUUUUGAUUUUGGAUGAGGCUGAUAGACUCUUAGAUAUGGGAUUUCAAAAGCAGAUAACUUCCAUUAUAUCUCUCUUGCCUAAGCUUCGUAGAACUGGGCUAUUCUCUGCUACUCAAACUGAGGCUGUUGAAGAGCUUUCUAAAGCAGGAUUGAGGAACCCUGUGAGGGUUGCAGUUCGGGCAGAAACAAAAACAGAAAAUGAUCCUGGAACAUCAAAACAACUAGAGUCUUCAAAGACACCUUCAGGACUUCACAUUGAGUACUUGGAAUGCGAGGCAGAUAAGAAGCCAUCACAGCUAGUAGAUAUCCUUAUUAAGAACCGCUCAAAAAAAAUUAUAAUAUAUUUCAUGACUUGUGCUUGUGUUGACUAUUGGGGAGUUGUCCUUCCUCGCCUUUCUAUUUUAAAAGGGUUCUCCUUGAUCCCCCUUCAUGGAAAAAUGAAGCAGACUGUCAGGGAGAAAGCAUUAGCUUCAUUUACGUCUCUUUCAAAUGGAAUUCUUCUAUGUACAGAUGUUGCAGCACGUGGACUUGACAUACCUGGUGUAGAUUGUAUAGUGCAGUAUGAUCCUCCUCAAGAUCCAAAUGUUUUCGUGCAUAGAGUUGGUCGAACUGCUCGGCUGGGUAAACAAGGACAUGCUGUUGUCUUUUUAUUGCCAAAGGAGGAAUCUUAUGUAGAAUUCCUGCGUAUAAGAAGAGUUCCUCUUCAAGAGGGAAGCUGCUCUGAUGAUGCACCUGAUGUUGUUCCUCAGAUUCGUUCUGCUGCAAAAAAAGAUCGCGAUGUCAUGGAGAAGGGAGUCAGGGCAUUUGUUUCUUACAUCCGAGCUUAUAAAGAGCAUCACUGCUCUUAUAUAUUUAGGUGGAAAGAACUUGAAAUUGGCAAAUUGGCCAUGGGAUGCGGCUUAUUGCAACUUCCUUUAAUGCCAGAGGUAAAACACCACUCACUUUCCACUGAAGGAUUUGUACCAGUUAAAGAUAUCAAUUUGGAGGACAUCAAGUUCAGGGAUAAAUCACGAGAGAAACAGAGGAAGAAGAACCUAAAAGCAAAGAAAGAAGCCAAAGAGAAAGAGCAAAAACCUCAAAAACUAAGCAAAACCCCAAAUGCACCUACCGUCACGAGGAAGAAAACAGCCCGACAGAGACGUGCUCAGCAGACAGUUGAAGAUGAGGAAGAGUUGAUGCAAGAAUACCGCUUGUUGAAGAAAUUGAAGAAAGGGACCAUAGACGAGAAUGAAUAUGCCAAGUUGACAGGCACUGAGGAAUUACUACUAUGAAAAUAUGCUGUUCUGGACAUCAUGUUUGGUGUUGUAAAGGUGUUCAGUACUGAAUGACAGUUCUAAAGACCACAAAGUUUGGGUGGUAAAUUACAGCAUCUUUUGAUACCACAUGGUUCUCUUGGCAUUCUCUGAAAGAUCUUGAGAUAAAUACAUCUUUCAUCAGUGAGGGAGUUUAAAAAGUUCAGAGGAUCGAUUUCCUUUAUUGGAUGACAGAAAGAGAUCCUUUAAUCCCAAUCAAGGUUAUGAACAGCUUGAAGAUUAAUGUUAUCCAACAUCAAUUGCCUGCUAUUUAGUCUGUCUUUUAUUUAUUUUUUUAAUUAUUCUUUUCUUAGUUUGAUAGUGUCAGAUUUUGCUGGAGCAUAAUAGUAAAAUUAUGCUCUAGGUGUUUGUAUCAUUAAUAAACAAAGUCAUAUUAAAGAAUUUUGCUUUGUA